AUGCUCGAGCCAAGCGUGGUCCCAUCUUCCUCUCUGGAACGAAGCAACGUGGGUCAGAGGCUGGCGGCGAUAACCUGGGCCUGUCUGGAGGUCUUCUCCAAGCCCGUGGUCAUCCUGCCGCGUCAGCACAACCUGUGCCGCAAGUGUGCCAGCGACAUUCUGCAGGCAGAGACCAGGAGGAGCCCAGAGAUGAACCACCCGGAGGAGCAGGACGCCCAGGCGAAGGAGGCGCCGAGGCCGGACGCAGCUGAGGCCGACAGGCUGCCUCCUCUGGAGCCGCUGACGGAGAAAGAGAGGAGGUUCUACCUGAUCCAGAUGCUGGAGAAGAUGAGAGCCUGCCACCAGGGGCUGGAGCAGAAGCUGGCCUUCAACCAGAAACGCCUGGACAUGGAGGUCCGCUGCAACCUUCAGAGGAUGAAGGAAGACCGGAGGAUCAUCGAGGCCCUGAGGGCCAAGAUCGCCGAGCACGAGGCCUUCACCCUGAAGGUCUGCGACUCCUUCUCCAACGAGCUCCACGCGGAGAAAGAGAAGAACCUGCUGCUGAGUGAGGAGCUGGAGAACAUGAGGGCCAUAAACGAGGAGAUCAAGCUCAAGUGCAAGAUGGCGCAGGAGGCCACCAGCCACCUGCACAACAGAGUGGACACCGAGAUCAAGUCUGUGGCCGAGCAGGUGGAGAAGGACCACCUGGUGAUGGAGGGCCUGGCGGAAGGGAUGAAGGCGGUGACCCGGAGAAUGGAGGACGAGUCACCCCUGACGCGGCAGGUGGCCCACAUGCAGGAGCACCUCAUCUCUGAAGUGCAGACGCUCAGGAAGCUGGUGGACAAACACGUGAACCCCGAGUUCCACAUCGAGAUCCGGCUGGAAGAUCUGAAGAGGUCGGAGACGGAGGUCCCCGAGGACGGCUCCCAGCAGGCGGCAGGUCCGCCCAAGGCCGGCCUGUCGGCCUGGGAGCGAUCGCUCACCAGAGAACUGGCGUGUGACGUCAUUCGCUCUCGUCAUCCAGGAGGCGAACCCGUCCAGCACCGCUUCCGCUGCCCGUCAUGUCGCCACCAGGUGGCGCUGGACCGCCACGGUGUGUUCGGCCUGCAGAGGAACCUGCUGGUGGAGAACAUGGUGGAGACAUCUACCGGAGCCAGGAGUCCUCACGGACAGUGGCUGGGGCGUGUCGCGCGCGGUGCGGCACCAGCAUCGGAACUGUUGGCAAACGUUUCCACACGGACUGUUGACGUCGACGCACCAUGCGCGAGCGGCUCAGCAUCCGAGCGGCGCGUGACGUGUGAGGAGCACCAGGAGGAGAAGGUCAACAUCUACUGCCUCCGCUGCCAGACUCCCACCUGCUCCAUGUGCAAGGUGUUCGGCCGACACCGCAGCGACGUGGCGCCGCUGCGCAGCGUCUACCAGAGGCAGAAGGUGGAGCUCAGUGACACUAUCGUGGCCAGUAAUGACCAGAUCCAGUCUGUCAUCUCUCACAUGGCGGACGUCUGCUGCUCUAUCGAGGACGGCGGCCAGCAGCGGCGGCAGCAGCUGGACUCUCGCUUCUCGGCUCUGCUGCGGCUCCUGGACCACAGGAAGCAGCGGCUGGUGUCGCACAUCGGCAGCCGCCACCUGGUGGAGACGGCGCUGCGCAGCAUGGAGGAGCCCCGCGUGGCCGUCUUCAUCCAGGUGAGGGGCCGCCGCGUCUCUGUCUUCCAGAACACCUGCGCGCUGCUGGAGAAGAUGGCGGCGGCGACGGCGCGCUCCUCCAGCGCGGAGCGUCUGGACGCCGGCGUCCUGAGCCUGAGCCCCGUCCUGGUCGACACGGAGGACGUGGCGCAGCUGCUGAGGAACACGGACUUCUGCGGCGAUGAUGAAGGUGAUGAAGAGGAGCCGCUGGUGACCCCCCGCCCUGGAGGUCAGUGGCCCGCGCCGCCCUGCAGGGGGCGCCACUUGGGAGGGACACAGCCGUUUGGUUUUGACAGCCGUUUUAUUAGAAAAGGACAAAAUAAAGACGAGAAAUAGAAGCCGGUGCACGCGUCGCUGCUCCGCCACUAGAGGCCAGUCGAUGUAGGGGGCGCUCAAGUUCACCACUGUCGUCAGAGCUUGGCUGAGAGCGGUCACGCUCCGUGGACUGUGACGUCUGCUCAGCGUCCUGCUCCGUUCAGUUCAGUCACACUGGCGCCAAGAUACAGGCGUUCAAGCGGGAUAAACAAGUAAUUCUGACCUCGCUUACAUGCACCGCGGGUCACUCCCCACGUGUAUAGCAGAUUUGGCGGUUUCAUUUCUCUACAUGUUUAAAUAAAAAGGAGCUUUUUCUGACCUAAAAUAGGCGUGUAUUUUGGGGCCCGUGUGACUCCACAGGCAGAGUGGAACGCAGCCUUCGGCUCGGCUGCCUCUUCCCGCGCGUCUGAGCUCCUCAGGCGAGGCGCGCGGUCACUUCGGAACCAAAGCCGAGGUGGUUCCGAGAGUCCAGUCGGAGGUGUGAACGGGCAGGACGCGAGCGGACAGUCUGUGGGCGCGGGCCA